AUGGCGGCAGCAGCAUUUGUAGUCCCUCGGGUGAAACAGAAAGCGGGAGCUGCGCGUAGAGGGAGCGAGGAGCGGGGCUGAGGCGACGCCGUCACAGCCGGGAAACCACCCCGAUAGCCAGCGCGCCGGAGACCGCAGCUGCCUCGAGAGCUGGCUCGGCCCCCGAGGGAGGACGAGAACGAUCAGGAACCCGAAGAGGCGCCAGAGCAGCCGCCCUCCUCUGCCUCAAAGCGGCGUGACUCGGAGAGUUGGAAGAUUAUCUGAUAUAUUAAUGUCUUAUUGAUAAUGGCAGAACAUCCACCACUACUGGAUACAACUCAGAUUUUAAGUAGUGAUAUUUCUCUUCUAUCUGCUCCUAUUGUAAGUGCAGAUGGAACUCAACAGGUUAUUCUGGUACAAGUUAACCCAGGGGAAGCAUUUACAAUAAGAAGAGAAGAUGGACAGUAUCAGUGCAUUACAGGUCCUGCUCAGGUUCCAAUGAUGUCCCCAAAUGGUUCUGUGCCUCCAAUUUAUGUGCCUCCUGGAUAUGCCCCACAGGUUAUUGAAGACAAUGGUGUUCGAAGAGUUGUUGUGGUUCCUCAAGCACCAGAGUUUCAUCCUGGUGGUCACACAGUCAUACACCGUUCUCCACAUCCUCCUCUGCCUGGUUUCAUUCCUGUACCAACCAUGAUGCCCCCUCCACCACGCCAUAUGUACUCACCAGUGACUGGAGCUGGAGACAUGGCAACACAAUAUAUGCCACAAUAUCAGUCUUCACAAGUAUAUGGAGAUGUAGAUGCUCACUCUACACAUGGAAGGUCCAACUUUAGAGAUGAAAGAUCUAGUAAAACAUACGAACGUUUGCAAAAAAAGUUAAAGGAUCGUCAAGGAACACAGAAAGAUAAAAUGAGUAGUCCACCAUCAUCACCCCAGAAAUGCCCUUCUCCCAUAAAUGAACAUAAUGGAGUUGUAAAAGGGCAGAAUGCCAGUGGUAUAACUGCAGGAUCAGCUAAGAAUAAGUCUGGGAGAGGGAAAGGUGGUGCACAAAUUGAUACAGAAAUUGAAGAAAAAGAUGAAGAAACUAAAGCUUUUGAAGCACUUCUGUCCAACAUUGUCAAGCCAGUGGCAUCAGACAUCCAAGCACGGACUAUAGUACUUACUUGGUCACCACCUUCCAACUUCAUUAAUGGUGAAACAGAUGAAAUUACCGUACCAGAUCUCUAUGGUUAUGAAAUUCUGGUCUCUAGUACUGGAAAAGAUGGGAAAUACAAAAGCAUAUAUGCAGGAGAAGAAACAAGUGUCACUUUAAAUGAUCUCAAACCAGCUACGGAUUACCAUGCAAAAGUCCAGGCAGAAUACAAUUCCAUAAAAGGAACACCUUCAGAAGCUGAAAGCUUUACUACUUUGAGCUGUGAGCCUGACAUACCUAACCCACCAAGGAUAGCUAAUCGGACCAAAAAUUCGCUCACUUUGCAGUGGAAGGGAAAAGGAAAUGGAGACUUUUGUCAAUGUUACAUGGGCUUACAGAAGCAAUUUAAAAUUACUAAACUAUCACCAGCAAUGGGUUGUAAAUUUCGACUAUCUGCCAAAAAUGACUAUGGUACAAGUGGUUUUAGUGAAGAAGUCUUAUAUCACACCUCAGGCUGUGCCCCGUCAAUGCCGGCAAGCCCUCUAUUAACUAAGGCUGGGGUUACUUGGUUAUCUUUGCAAUGGAGUAAACCCUCAGGAACACCAUCAGAUGAAGGAAUUUCUUACAUUUUAGAGAUGGAGGAAGAAACUUCAGGAUAUGGCUUUAAGCCUAAAUAUGAUGGAGAAGAUCUUGCUUACACAGUGAAAAAUCUUAGACGUAGUACCAAGUAUAAAUUUAAGGUUAUUGCUUAUAACUCAGAAGGUAAAAGUAAUCCAAGUGAUGUAGUAGAAUUUACUACAUGCCCUGAUAAACCAGGAGUACCUGUAAAACCUUCAGUUAAAGGAAAGAUACAUUCACACAGUUUUAAGAUAACUUGGGACCCACCAAAAGACAAUGGAGGAGCACCCAUCAGUAAAUAUGUAGUGGAGAUGGCAGAAGGUCCUAAUGGAAACAAAUGGGAUAUGAUAUACAGUGGAGCUACCAGGGAACAUCUUUGUGAUAGACUGAAUCCAGGCUGCUUCUAUCGUGUACGAGUUUACUGCAUCAGUGAUGGCGGACAGAGUGCGGUAUCUGAGUCUUUACUUGUGCAGACUCCAGCUGUGCCUCCUGGCCCAUGCCUCCCUCCCAGAGUACAGGGUAGACCCAAAGCAAAAGAAAUACAGUUACGAUGGGGACCCCCUCUCGUCGAUGGUGGAUCACCUAUUUCCUGCUAUGGUGUGGAAAUGUCUCCUGUAGAAAAAGAUGAACCCAGAGAAAUUUACCAAGGUUCUGAAGUAGAAUGUACUGUGAGCAACCUUCUUCCUGGAAAGACUUACAGCUUCAGAUUGCGUGCAGCCAACAAAAUGGGGUUUGGACCAUUUUCAGAAAAAUGUGAUAUUACCACAGCCCCUGGGCCACCAGGUCAGUGCAAGCCCCCUCAAGUAACAUGCAGAUCUGCGACUUGUGCACAAGUGAAUUGGGAGGUCCCUAUGAGCAAUGGAACCGAUGUUACUGAAUAUCGAUUAGAAUGGGGAGGAGUUGAAGGAAGUAUGCAGAUAUGUUACUGUGGACCUGGUCUCAGUUAUGAAAUAAAGGGACUUUUACCAGCAACUACCUAUUAUUGCAGAGUUCAGGCUCUGAGUGUUGUGGGUGCAGGCCCUUUCAGUGAGGUGAUAGCAUGUGUGACUCCACCAUCAGUUCCUGCUAUUGUGACUUGUCUUCAAGAAAUAAGUGAUUAUGAUAUAGAAAAUUCCUGUUAUUCACCUUCUACAUGCCUUGCAAUCAGUUGGGAAAAACCUUGUGACCAUGGCUCAGAAAUCCUUGCCUACAGCAUAGACUUUGGAGAUAAACAACCUUUGACAGUGGGAAAGGUUACAAGCUAUAUUAUAGACAAUUUGCAACCAGAUACAACAUACAGAAUACGAAUUCAAGCCUUGAAUAGCCUUGGAGCUGGGCCUUUCAGCCACAUGAUAAAAUUAAAAACUAAGCCCCUCCCUCCUGAUCCACCUCGUUUGGAAUGUGUUGCCUUUAGCCACCAGAACCUUAAGCUGAAAUGGGGAGAGGGAACCCCAAAAACAUUGUCAACAGAUUCUGUUCAGUACCACCUUCAGAUGGAGGACAAAAAUGGAAGGUUUGUGUCUUUGUACAGAGGACCAUGUCAUACAUACAAAGUACAAAGACUUAAUGAGUCAACAUCGUAUAAAUUCUGUAUUCAAGCUUGUAAUGAAGCUGGGGAAGGUCCUCUCUCCCAAGAAUAUAGUUUCACUACUCCAAAAUCUGUCCCAGCUGCCUUGAAAGCCCCCAAAAUAGAGAAAGUAAAUGAUCACAUUUGUGAAAUUGCAUGGGAGUGUUUACAGCCAAUGAAAGGUGAUCCAGUUAUUUACAAUCUGCAAGUCAUGGUGGGAAAAGAUUCAGAAUUCAAACAGAUUUACAAAGGUUCCGACUCUUCAUUCCGGUAUUCAAACCUUCAGCUGAACUGUGAAUAUCGUUUUCGUGUGUGUGCCAUUCGCCAGUGCCAAGACCCUGUGGGGCAUCAGGACCUAGUGGGUCCCUACAGCACCACCGUGCAUUUCAUCUCUCAGAGGACUGAGCCCCCAGCCAGCACCAGCAGAGACACUGUGGAAAGCACGAGGACCCGCCGGGCACUGAGUGACGAGCAGUGCGCAGCCGUCAUCCUCGUGCUGUUUGCUUUCUUUUCCAUUUUGAUUGCCUUUAUCAUUCAGUACUUUGUAAUCAAGUGAAAAUAUAACUUUAUUUUUAAUACUGUAUUACAUUUUAUUUUGUCAUGUACUAAAAUUUCUGUAUUGCUUUUACAAAAACAGUGGCCUUUGGCACUGGCAUUGAGACUAUAUAUAGCACAUCAUUUUUGCCAUUUUCAGUGCUCAUAUUGUUAGGUGGAGGCUGGCACCUUAUUAAAAUGCAAGCCACAGAAAUAGCAUUUUGGGGUGUUUUGUUUGGGGCUUUUUUCCUUUUUUUUUUUUCUUUUUGGACUUGCCUUCUUAAUACAACAAACUUUCUAAGAGGCAAUGGUAUAUAAUUGCAAUUUUGACCAAUCAGCAUGAGUAUAAAAGUGAUAACCUGAUCUGUUUUAUAAAGGUUAUGAAACCAGAUGAAAAUUUCAAAAUGAUUAAAACUUACACUAACAUGCUAUAUAAAAUUGUUAAAAGUCUGAUGCUGUGAAAGCAAUCUAGUGCUAUAUUUCUACCUCCUCAUUUGUCUUAAUUAUUUGGUAAGUGGGAUUAUGAUGAAUAACUGGAGGGGCUUAGCAAACAAAAACUGGAUGAAAGAAUAUACAUGGGGGGGAAGCUUCUUGUUUGAUAAAUGUGGAGUUCUUCAUUACAAAUACAUUCAUGAGUUCACAGUAAAUCACAAAGAAAGCACAGAGUUUUACUUGGCCUAAAAAUAUUUAAUGUUUACUCAAAAAGUACCUCUUCACGUCUUGAGAACUUGUAAAAGAACGGUGAACUUCUAGAUACUCCUUAAAAGUAAUAUAAUCAAGUUUGAAUUUGAAACUUACUUGGUUUUAUGAGGCUUUGAACUAUAUAUAUAUGCACCUACACAUAGCAUAUCUAAAACUAUACGAAUCACGUGUAGAUAAUAUAAAUAUAUGCACACACACAUUUUCACUCACUCCAUCUACUUGAUGUAGGCUAAUUUGAAGAACUCCUGUAAGUUUUGCUGCUUCUCCCAUAACUACUGCCAUCGCCAUCAGAAUCAUAAUCAAACCUAACUUUUUUGUUUGGGGCACCAAAUCUGAAGACAAAAUUAAUUUGCACCAGUAAACUUUGAGCUGCUUUCUUUCUUGAAAAACUAAUGUUUAAUGUAAUGUCUGUUUGGAUAUUGUUCCAAAUUGUUGACUGCAUGUGGUUAAUGUUGCAUUAGAGCACUUUGCAAUUGCAUAAUUCAUUAAUGUUUUGUGAGCUUGCAUUUGUGAGUUAUUGGAUGAUCAGAUUGAAUUUUGUCAAGUAUCACAUUGUACAUCUUGCAUAGAUGUCAAUGACUGCCAGUAAUAAUACAGUUUGCAAUGAAACUAUCUAAAAAUCUUGUUUUAUCACAUCUGUCAUCUGUAAAACACUUGUAACUAGCCUUUUUAAUUUAUUAUUUGAAUUUUAGGGUAGUGAAUCACUAAUUUUUAGUUGCUGAAGUUAGCAUUUUAGUGAUUACUGUAAGCACUUCUGUCAGUCCUUGGGAAAAAAACAUGUUUUGUGCUUUGAAGAACUCUGAGGAAUUUCUCUUUUAGAAUGGGCAUGUAUUGUAAUUGUUUUAUGUCAAAUGAUUUAUGCUGUAGAGAAAAAAACAUUAAUCUUUGUUCAAAAAAGAAGCGGAUAAACUUGGCCUUCCAAGUGGUAAGAAUGAUCUGUCACUAUAAAAUACUGUAUGUUUACAUUUUAUUUAAUUUUAAUCUCUUAUUCAUAGGCUGAUAACCUUCCCCCAAAACAACAGUGAUUACGAUUGUUUUCUAGAAACUUCUUUAAAGUGCCACAUUUGGCAAUACAAAUGAGUUUGAGUGUAAUAGCCCAGAGAUUUCUAUAUAGUUGAAUGUCUAAAAUGGUAAAAUGUGCCACUGUAGCAGUUACAGUGGCUUAUGUUUUUCAUAGUGACUCAAAUGAACUCCUAUUUUUGAUAGUAAAUGUCAUUUAAUAGUGUCCUUGCCAUUUGAGCCUCACUGCAAAAUUAGUGCAGAGGAGAAACCAAUUUUUAAUGUAAUCUUGAUUUUACCUCAUAUACUGUACAUUCCAAAAACUCUAAACUUUUUAAAGAUUAUACACUACCAAACAUAUCACCUUAAAGUUGUAUAAGGUUGAACUUCAUACAAAUGGAAAAAAUAUAAUCUCAUAAAAAUGCAUAAACUAUGUAGCAAAAGUAUCUUUAAAAUCCAUGGAGAAUAAAAGUUGUAUCAUUCUUUUUUGAGA